GGUUAGCGGACCUUGACUAUGAGUCUGGCUAUCAUGAUCAUAUGUAUUUCAAAUAUUUGUCUAUUAGUAAAGAUGAUAUUGCUCUUCUAGAUACCUAUUAUCCCAAAGAGAUUUAUUCAAAAUAUAUAAUCCGAGUAUCAGAAAAGGGUUUUACAGUUGUUGAUCAUCUAUCCGAAGUUUAUAGGAUACCCGAUGCUCAUGAAUAUAUUGAUGGGAGUCUGCCUCUUUGCCUAGUUCUGGACAUCGACGCAAAGCAAAAACCUGAUCCUAUGAAUCCCAAACACCCUUCCUUAGAUGAAUAUAAAAUUUCUCGUGAAGAUUUAUUAUCCAAAAUCUUAAUUGCCUGUGCUGAUAUUAUAUAUUUCGAUUUAAAACAUCUCAUAACUUUAAAUGCUUUUACCUUAGCUAGUUUGUCUAAUGCUAAUAAGUGCGGUUGGCAUAUUGUAUAUAAUUAUGCAUGUUUUGUUGACUACAGAAACCUUAGGGGCCACUAA